CAGGCCAGCCUGGCGACAGCCCUGACCCCUACCCGACAUCCCCCAGCGUUCGGGGCCACCAGGCACAGCCCUUCUGUCGUCGCUUUGUCGUCAUCACGCCUCGACGGAAGUCGCUCGGGGCCCGGAGCCACGCCUUCUCGGCGCGCGGCCUUGGAUACCUGGCGGCCUCUGGCCUCAGGUAAGGAGAGGUCGGGUUGUGCGGGCCGCCAAGUCGUUGGCCUGGCUGGAGAUGAUGACGGCCUCGCCAUGCCGCUCUGGAGACCCCUAGGCCAGCCUUGUGGGAAUCCCGAGGUCGGCAGAGGUAACCAUGGAGAAGGAGCUGCGGAGUACCAUUCUUUUCAAUGCAUACAAAAAGGAGGUGUUUACCACCAACACUGGCUACAAAUCUUUGCAGAAAAGACUUCGGAGUAAUUGGAAGAUUCAGAGCUUAAAAGAUGAAAUCACUUCUGAGAAGUUAAUUGGGGUAAAACUAUGGAUCACAGCUGGACCAAGAGAAAAAUUUACUGCUGCCGAGUUUGAAGUCCUGAAGAAGUUCCUUGACAAUGGUGGGGAUAUCCUUGUGAUGCUGGGAGAAGGGGGAGAAUCCAGAUUUGAUACCAAUAUUAACUUUCUUCUAGAGGAAUAUGGAAUCAUGGUUAAUAAUGAUGCUGUGGUUAGAAAUGUGUAUUACAAGUAUUUCCACCCUAAGGAAGCUCUGGUUUCAGAUGGAGUGUUGAACAGAGAAAUCAGCCGAGCUGCAGGAAAGGCUGUGCCUGGAGUCAUUGAUGAAGAGAACAGUGGGAACAAUGCCCAGGCUCUCACCUUUGUCUACCCUUAUGGUGCCACAUUGAGCGUCAUGAAGCCAGCAGUGGCUGUUCUGUCCACAGGCUCCGUCUGCUUCCCACUGAACAGACCCAUUUUGGCUUUCUAUCACUCGAAGAACCAAGGUUUUGGAAAGCUGGCAGUACUUGGCUCAUGUCAUAUGUUCAGUGACCAAUAUUUAGAUAAAGAAGAAAAUAGCAAAAUUAUGGAUGUUGUGUUCCAGUGGCUUACAACAGGAGACAUCCACCUGAAUCAGAUUGAUGCUGAGGACCCAGAGAUUUCCGACUACACGAUGGUACCAGACACAGCCACCCUCUCAGAGCAGCUCCGAGUGUGUCUCCAGGAGGGCGAUGAGAACCCCCGUGACUUUACCACCCUCUUUGACCUGUCCAUUUACCAGCUGGACACCACCUGUCUCCCCAAGGUCAUCAAGGCUCAUGAGGAACUAAAUGUGAAACAUGAACCACUUCAGCUCGUCCAACCUCAGUUUGAGAUGCCGCUGCCAGCCCUUCAGCCUGCGGUCUUCCCUCCGAGUUUCCGGGAGUUGCCGCCCCCUCCCCUGGAGCUGUUUGACCUAGAUGAAACAUUCUCUUCUGAGAAGGCCCGGCUGGCUCAGAUCACCAACAAGUGUACUGAUGAAGACCUGGAAUUCUAUGUCAGGAAGUGUGGUGACAUUCUUGGAGUAACAAGUAAACUUCCAAAGGAUCAACAGGACGCCAAACAUAUCCUUGAACACAUCUUCUUCCAAGUGGUGGAGUUCAAGAAACUGAACCAGGAGGCCCACUGAGGUGGCAGCUCUUCAGGUGAUGUCACCCACUGCAACAUUUUAGUUCUUCAGUGCUUACUAAGUGUCUCCCAGAUGAACAACAGAUGAUGAUCCUUCGAGAAUGGAACUUCUGUUCUAGCUGGAGGGUCCCAACAAACAGUAGCAAAAUAUCUAAGCAAACACUUAGAUGCCAGAGGAUGGUAAGCGCUGUGGUGGAGAAACAGUAGAGCCAUGCCAGAGGGAUCUAGCGUUCCCAGCAUUCAGCAGAGUGAGCAGAGCUGGCUCAGUACACAUUGAUGCCAGAGUCUGCUGUGCUAUUUGUGUCAAGAGCGUUUGAUGGCACUUGUGCGACACAUGGUUGCUGUGGCAGUGGGCAGAAUCUGUCCUGGAGUUGUGAGAACUUCAUCCUGGGCUUAGAAUCAGCCUUCAGGCCAGCUAAUCCCCACUUAUCCCAGCUAAUGGUGAUUUUGAAUGUCGAAUUAAUGUUCAAAAUACCAAAGAGUUCCUGUUUCAGGCUCUGAACUGAAAUAAAAUAAAAUUCUGUGUUUCCUGUCUCAUCCUGGAACAUGACAUUGAUGUGACUGAAAUGGCAUUCCAGAACUUCUGAGGACUGCAAAACACCUUCUGCCUGCAGAGCUCUGUGGUUUUGAAUUCUUCUUGUCAUGAAAGUCUCUGUACUUGUUUUUCUCUAAUUCUGUGGAAGGUUUGCCCAUCCUCUGUAGUGCCCACAUGGAAGAGAUGAUUUAUUUGCAUAAAUUAAAUCUGUGAUUGAGCUUUUGUAAUUUAUAAAA